GGCUGCAGGGCCCCCCCCGGCCGGGGCGGGAGCCCGCAGUCUCGCGGGAAGGCGGCACGGCUGCUCGGCGGGGCCGCCCCUCUCCCGGGUCAGCCCUGGAGGAAGGAUGGGUUUGAGGUUGGACGCGGCGUGUCCUCUGGAAGCCAGCAGAACAAUGUGUGUGUGUGGACUCCGCUGACCCACUUGCUGGCACCUUCUACUUCUCUUUCUUUUUCUUUUCUUUUUGUUUUUUCUGUUUUUGUGGGAGAGUUCCUUCAAGUUGUGUUUGGAGCUGACGUGAGCGAGAGGCCGGUCAUGUGCUCGGGUGCCUGGGACAGGGUGGCCCUCGAGCAGAUGACGAAGACUGGCUUAUAAUCCUUGGAGACCAUUGAGAGGGAGCUUACAGGGGCCCACGAGCCCCCCUGGACGCCCACCACCAUGUCGGGGUCCACGCAGCCCGUGGCACAGACGUGGAGGGCCACCGAGCCCCGUUACCCGCCCCACGGCGUUUCCUACCCCGUGCAGAUCGCCCGGCCACACACGGACGUCGGGCUGCUUGAGUACCAGCACCACCCCCGUGACUACACCUCACACCUGUCGCCUGGCUCCAUCAUCCAGCCCCAGCGGAGGAGGCCCUCCCUGCUGUCCGAAUUUCAGCCCGGGAAUGAAAGGUCCCAGGAACUUCACCUGCGACCCGAGUCGCACUCAUACCUGCCUGAGCUGGGCAAGUCGGAGAUGGAAUUCCUGGAGAGCAAGCGCCCUCGCCUGGAGCUGCUGCCUGACCCCCUGCUGCGGCCCUCGCCCCUGUUGGCCGCUGGCCAGCCAGGGGGCUCCGAGGACCUGUCCAAGGACCGCAGCCUGACAGGCAAGCUGGAGCCGGUGUCUCCUCCCAGUCCCCCACAUGCUGACCCUGAGUUGGAGCUGGUACCUCCACGGCUCUCCAAGGAGGAGCUGAUCCAGAAUAUGGAUCGGGUGGACCGCGAGAUCACCAUGGUAGAGCAGCAGAUCUCCAAGCUGAAGAAGAAGCAGCAACAGCUGGAGGAGGAGGCCGCCAAGCCACCGGAGCCCGAGAAGCCCGUGUCGCCACCACCCAUCGAGUCGAAGCAUCGCAGUCUGGUGCAGAUCAUCUACGACGAGAACCGGAAGAAGGCCGAGGCUGCACAUCGGAUUCUGGAAGGCCUGGGGCCCCAGGUGGAGCUGCCAUUGUACAACCAGCCCUCCGACACCAGGCAAUAUCAUGAGAACAUCAAAAUAAACCAGGCCAUGCGGAAAAAGUUAAUCUUGUACUUCAAGAGGAGGAAUCACGCCCGGAAACAAUGGGUAAGUCAUCACCUCGUCCCCCACCCCUGGAAUCUGUUCUGCUGCCCCCUCCCCUCCACGGACCAGGCUUCCUUGAGAGCCGAGACCGUCCAGGCCACUCAGGCCACACCCACCGGGAUCCCUGGGUUCUGCAGCUCAUUCCUGCGUGGCCAGGUUGUGAAGAAAAGCCAAGGGCAACCUCGGCUGGGCCCUUGGAGAAGGGAUACAUUUCUGGCCCACACGCUGGGCGACUGGGAAGCUGCCUGGGGGCUCCAUGCCCUCCCCUGGACCCCUGGGCUCGGGGCUAUCUCUGUGGGUGUGAGGCCUGGCCCCUCCUCACUGCGCACACGCCGCCUCUGGGGAACCUGUGGGCUCGGGUCUGUGCCGCUGUGCCGGCCGCGUGUCCCUGGCUGCCGAGGGGUCGAUCCUGAGCGUGUCCCUUUGGUCUCCAGCAGGGUGGGCCAGCGGGGCAGCGGGCUCUCCAUGUCAGCCGCCCGCAGCGAGCACGAGGUGUCCGAGAUCAUCGAUGGCCUCUCGGAGCAGGAGAACCUGGAGAAGCAGAUGCGCCAGCUGGCCGUGAUCCCACCGAUGCUGUACGACGCCGACCAGCAGCGAAUCAAGUUCAUCAACAUGAACGGGCUCAUGGACGACCCCAUGAAGGUGUACAAAGACCGCCAGGUCAUGAACUUGUGGAGCGAGCAGGAGAAGGAGACCUUCCGGGAGAAAUUCAUGCAGCACCCCAAGAACUUCGGCCUGAUCGCAUCGUUCCUGGAGAGGAAGACGGUGGCUGAGUGUGUCCUCUAUUACUACCUGACCAAGAAGAAUGAGAACUACAAGAGCCUGGUGAGGCGCAGCUACCGGCGCCGCGGCAAGGGCCAGACCCUCGAUGACCCGAGAGGGCAAGGCCACCCUGGCGUCCUCUGUGCUGCUGCCUGGCCCUGCCGUGGCUGGGACACGUGUUGGCCAUUUGGAGUGUCAGGAUGCCCUUCUUGUUUAAGAGAGGAUGCCACCCACUUUCCAGAAGCUUCCCCGUAUUCUGACAGAGGGAGACGCAGGAAUUCUAGCCCCCUCACGCCCACCCCCUGCCAGCCGUGCACACCUGGGCUUCGGCAGGAGGGGGCCGAGCCCUCACCUCCUGGACCCCAGCCCCCGAGAUCCGGCUGUGAGUGGCUGCAGCAGCAGAUGCCCCGCAGCGGCCAGGAGGAGAAGGAGGACAAGGAGAAGGAGAAGGAGGCCGAGAAGGAGGACGAGAAGCCGGACGUGGAGGAUGGCAAGGAGGAGCUGAUCAAGGAGAAGACAGAUGACACCUCUGGGGAAGACAACGAUGAGAAGGAGGCAGUGGCCUCCAAAGGCCGCAAAACCGCCAACAGCCAGGGAAGACGCAAAGGCCGCAUCACCCGCUCAAUGGCCAAUGAGGCCAACAGCGAGGAGGCCAUCACCCCGCAGCAGAGCGCCGAGCUGGCUUCCAUGGAGAUGAACGAGAGUUCUCGCUGGACCGAAGAAGAGAUGGAAACAGCCAAGAAAGGUCUCCUGGAACACGGCCGGAACUGGUCGGCCAUCGCCCGGAUGGUGGGCUCCAAGACGGUGUCCCAGUGUAAGAACUUCUACUUCAACUACAAGAAGAGGCAGAACCUGGAUGAGAUCCUGCAGCAGCACAAGCUGAAGAUGGAGAAGGAGAGGAACGCGCGGAGGAAGAAGAAGAAAGCACCAGCUGCUGCCAGUGAGGAGGUGGCCUUCCCGCCCGUGGUGGAGGAUGAGGAGAUGGAGGCGUCAGGCGUGAGCGGGAACGAGGAGGAGAUGGCGGAGGAGGCAGAAGCCUUACACGCCUCUGGGAACGAGGUACCCAGAGGGGAAUGCAGUGGCCCAGCCACCGUCAACAACAGCUCUGACACCGAGAGCAUCCCGUCACCCCGCACCGAGGCCGCCAAGGACACCGCGCAGAGCGGGCCCAAGCCCCCGCCCACCCCGGGCACCGAUGCGCCACCUCCUGAGCCCCCCAGCCCGCCUCCUGAGGAUGCCCCAGCCCCCAGCGAGCCCGCCCCGGCCCCCGAAGCCGCCUGCCCACCCAUGACCCCGCCGGCGCCCGCCUCGCCUGCCGCGGCCCCUGCUGUGGUCCCCAAGGAGGAGAAGGAGGAAGAGGCCGCAGCCGCCCCCUCGGCUGAAGAGGGAGAGGAGCAGAAGCCCCCUGCGGCCCAAGAGUUGGCAGCCGACGUGGGCAAGACAGAGGAGCCCGGCGAGGUGCCCCCCUCGGAGCCCAUCAAGAGCGAGCGCGAGGAGGAGGCCGCCGAGGAGGGGCCCGACAAGGUCAAGGGGGGCGUGGAGGCCACAGCCGAGGCCACACCCGAGGGGGCGCCCAAGGUGGAGAAGAAGGAAGGCGGCGGCCCUGGGGGCAAAGGCCCCGCGGCCAAGGGCUCGGGCGCCCCCCAGGACAGCGACUCCAGCGCCACCUGCAGUGCCGACGAGGUCGACGAGCCCGAGGGCGGCGACAAGAACAGGCUCCUGUCGCCACGGCCCAGCCUCCUCACUGCGACCAGCGACGCCAGGACCAACGCCUCGCCCCAGAAGCCGCUGGACCUGAAGCAGCUGAAGCAGCGGGCGGCCGCCAUCCCCCCGAUUCAGGUCACCAAAGCCCACGAGCCCCCCCGGGAGGACGCGGCGCCCCCUGUUCCUCCGCCACCACAGCACGUGCAGCCGGAGAGCGACAGCCCCCAGCAGCCCAGCAGCAGCCCUCGAGGCAAGAGCAGGAGCCCUGUGCCCCCUGCUGAGAAGGAGGAGAAGCCCGUGUUCUUCCCGGCCUUUGCGGCUGAGGGCCAGAAGCUGCCCACGGAUCCCUCGUGUUGGACGUCAGGCCUGCCCUUCCCCGUGCCCCCUCGCGAGGUGAUCAAGGCCUCUCCGCACGCCCCUGACCCCUUGGCCUUCUCUUACGCCCCGCCUGGUCACCCGCUGCCCCUGGGCCUCCAUGACAGCGCCCGGCCCGUCCUACCACGCCCACCCACCAUCUCCAACCCGCCGCCCCUCAUCUCCUCCACCAAGCACCCCAGCGUCCUUGAGAGGCAAACGGGUGCCCUCUCCCAGGGAAUGUCUGUGCAGCUCCACGUCCCGUACUCAGAGCAUGCCAAGGCCCCCGUGGGCCCCAUCACCAUGGGGCUGCCCCUCACCAUGGACCCCAAGAAGCUGGCGCCCUUCAGCGGAGUGAAGCAGGAACAGCUGUCCCCACGGGGCCAGGCUGGGCCACCGGAGAGCCUGGGGGUGCCUGCGGCUCAGGAGACGUCCGUGCUGAGAGGGACGUCUCUGGGCUCGGUUCCAGGAGGAAGCAUCACCAAGGGCAUCCCCAGCGCGCGGGUGCCUUCCGAGAGCCCCAUCACGUACCGUGGCUCCAUCACCCAUGGCACUCCAGCCGACGUCCUGUACAAGGGCACCAUCACCAGGAUCAUCGGUGAGGACAGCCCAAGCCGCCUGGACCGCAGCCGGGAGGACGGCCUGCCCAAGGGCCACGUCAUCUACGAGGGCAAGAAGGGCCACGUGCUGUCCUACGAGGGUGGCAUGUCCGUGUCCCAGUGCUCCAAGGAGGACGGCAGGAGCAGCUCAGGACCUCCCCACGAGACGGCCGCCCCCAAGCGCACCUAUGACAUGAUGGAGGGCCGUGUCAGCAGGGCCAUCUCCUCAGCCAGCAUCGAAGGUCUCAUGGGCCGCGCCAUCCCGCCUGAGCGACACAGCCCCCACCAUCUCAAAGAACAGCACCACGUCCGAGGCUCCAUCACGCAAGGGAUCCCACGAUCCUACGUGGAGGCCCAGGAAGACUACCAGCGUCGGGAGGCCAAGCUCCUGAAGCGUGAGGGCACGCCGCCCCCGCCCCCCCCGCCCCCACGGGACCUGGCCGAGGCCUACAAGGCCCGGCCCUUGGAGGCCCUGGGCCCCCUGAAGCUGAAGCCAGCCCACGAGGGCCUGGUGGCGACAGUGAAGGAGGCCGGCCGCUCCAUCCAUGAGAUUCCACGGGAGGAGCUGCGGCGGACGCCUGACCUGCCCCUGGCCCCGCGGCCGCUCAAGGAGGGCUCCAUCACGCAGGGCACCCCGCUCAAGUAUGACACCAGCACGUCCUCCACCGGCUCCAAAAAGCACGACGUGCGCUCCAUCAUCGGCAGCCCCGGCCGGACGUUCCCGGCGGUGCACCCGUUGGACGUGAUGGCCGACACCCGGGCGCUGGAGCGCGCCUGCUACGAGGAGAGUCUGAAGAGCCGGCCGGGCGCUGUCAGCAGCUCGGGGGGCUCCAUCACCCGGGGGGCCCCGGUCAUCGUGCCUGAGCUGGGCAAGCCACGGCAUAGCCCCCUGACCUACGAGGACCACGCGGCGCCCUUCGCCAGCCACCUACCCCGCGGAUCACCGGUGACCACACGGGAGCCAACCCCGCGCCUGCAGGAGGGCAGCCUCUCGUCCAGCAAGGCGUCCCAGGAUCGGAAGCUGACGUCCACGCCCCGUGAGAUUGCCAAGUCCCCUCACGGCACCGUGCCUGAGCAUCACCCCCACCCCAUGUCGCCCUACGAGCACCUGCUCCGGGGUGUGAGUGGCGUGGACCUGUACCGCGGCCACAUCCCGCUGGCCUUCGACCCCACCUCCAUACCCCGUGGGAUCCCUCUGGAUGCAGCCGCUGCCUAUUACCUGCCCCGGCACCUGGCCCCCAACCCCACCUACCCACACCUGUACCCGCCUUACCUCAUCCGCGGCUACCCCGACACGGCGGCGCUGGAGAACCGCCAGACAAUCAUCAACGACUACAUCACGUCACAGCAGAUGCACCACAACGCGGCCGCCGCCAUGGCCCAGCGAGCUGACGUGCUGAGGGGCCUGGCGCCCCGCGAGUCCUCGCUGGCGCUCAACUACGCCGCCGGCCCGCGAGGCAUCAUCGACCUGUCCCAAGUGCCACACCUGCCUGUGCUGGUGCCCCCGACACCAGGCACUCCAGCCACCGCCAUGGACCGCCUAGCCUACCUCCCCACGGCACCGCAGCACUUCAGCAGCCGGCUCAGCAGCUCCCCGCUCUCCCCAGGAGGCCCCACCCACUUGACAAAACCCACGGCCACGUCCUCGUCCGAGAGGGAGCGGGAACGGGAGAAGUCCAUCCUCGCGUCUACCACCACGGUGGAGCACGCGCCCAUCUGGAGGCCCGGUACGGAGCAGAGCGGCGGCGGCGGAGGCGGUGGCGGCGGCGGCGGCGGCGGCGGCGGCGGCGGUGGGGGUGGGAGCAGCGGCAGCCGCCCCGCCUCCCACUCCCACCAGCACUCGCCCAUCUCACCCCGGACCCAGGACGCCAUCCAGCAGAGGCCCAGCGUGCUGCACAACACGGGCAUGAAGAGCAUUAUCACCUCCGUGGAGCCCAGCACGCCCACGGUCCUGAGGUCCACCUCCACCUCCUCGCCUGUCCGCCCGGCCGCCACAUUCCCACCCGCCACCCACUGCCCACUGGGUGGCACCCUCGACGGGGUCUACCCCACCCUCCUGGAGCCUGUCUUGCUGCCUAAGGAGGCCCCGCGGGUCACCCGGCCCGAGCGGCCCCGAGCAGACGCCGGCCACACCUUCCUCGCCAAGCCCCCAGCCCGCGCGGGGCUGGAGCCCGCGUCCUCCCCCGGCAAGGGCUCCGAGCCCCGGCCCCUGGCGCCGCCUGGCUCCGGCCACGCAGCCAUCGCCCGCGCCCCGGCGAAGGGCAUCACGCCCCACCACGCCAGCCCGGACCAGCCAGCGCCGCCCGCCUCGGCCUCGGACCUGCACCGGGAAAAGACUCAAAGUAAACCCUUUUCCAUCCAGGAAUUGGAACUCCGUUCUCUGGGUUACCACGGCGGCGGCUACAGCCCUGAUGGGGUGGAGCCCGUCAGCCCCGUGAGCUCACCCAGCCUGACCCAUGACAAGGGGCUCCCCAAGCACCUGGAGGAACUCGACAAGAGCCACCUGGAAGGGGACCUGCGGCACAAGCAGCCAGGCCCGGGGAAGCUCAGCGGCGAGGCUGCACACCUCCCACACCUGCGGCCGCUGCCCGAGAGCCAGCCCUCGUCCAGCCCGCUGCUCCAGACCACCCCAGGGGUCAAAGGUCACCAGCGGGUGGUCACGCUGGCACAGCACAUCAGUGAGGUCAUCACGCAGGACUACACGCGGCACCACCCACAGCAGCUCAGUGCGCCCCUCCCUGCCCCCCUGUACUCCUUCCCUGGAGCCAGCUGCCCCGUCCUGGACCUUCGCCGCCCACCCAGCGACCUCUACCUCCCAGCCCCGGACCAUGGCGCCCCGGCCCGUGGCUCACCCCACAGUGAAGGGGGCAAGAGGUCUCCAGAGCCAAGCAAGACGUCAGCCUUGGGCAGCAGUGAGGAUGGUAUAGAACCUGUGUCCCCGCCGGAGGGCAUGGCAGAGCCCGGGCAUCCCCGGAGCACCGUGUACCCGCUGCUGUACCGGCACGGGGAGCAGGUGGAGCCCAGCAGGAUGGGCUCCAAAUCCCCAGGCAACACCAGCCAGCCGCCGGCCUUCUUCAGCAAGCUGACCGAGAGCAACUCGGCCAUGGUCAAAUCUAAGAAACAGGAGAUCAACAAGAAGCUGAACACCCACAACCGGAACGAGCCAGAAUACAAUAUUGGCCAGCCCGGGACGGAGAUCUUCAACAUGCCCGCCAUCACCGGAGCAGGCCUCAUGACCUGCAGAAGCCAGGCGGUGCAGGAACAUGCCAGCACCAACAUGGGGCUGGAGGCCAUUAUUAGAAAGGCGCUCAUGGGUAAAUAUGAUCAGUGGGAGGAGCACCCGCUCAGCGCCAAUGCUUUUAACCCUCUGAAUGCCAGUGCCAGCCUGCCCGCUGCUAUGCCCGUAACCGCUGCUGACGGACGGAGGGAACACGCGCUCACCUCGCCAGGUGGUGGCGGGAAGGCCAAAGUCUCUGGCAGACCCAGCAGCCGAAAAGCCAAGUCCCCGGCCCCAGGCCUGGCGUCUGGGGACCGGCCACCCUCCGUCUCCUCAGUGCAUUCGGAGGGAGACUGCAACCGCCGGACCCCACUCACCAACCGCGUGUGGGAGGACCGGCCCUCGUCUGCAGGGUCCACACCGUUCCCCUACAACCCCCUGAUCAUGCGGCUGCAGGCGGGGGUCAUGGCCUCCCCGCCCCCGCCUGGCCUCCCCGCGGGCAGCGGGCCCCUGGCUGGCCCCCAUCACGCCUGGGACGAGGAGCCCAAGCCGCUGCUCUGCUCGCAGUACGAGACGCUCUCCGACAGCGAGUGAGGCUCAGAACGGGGUGGGCCGGCGAGCGGCCGGAGCAGCGGGCGGCUGCCGACUCCGCCCACCGAGGAAGGAGCCCCUGAGUCUGCCUGUGCGCCCGCCUGUCCGUCCGUCCGUCCAGAGCCGGCAUCCUUGCCUGUCUAAAGCCUUAACUACGACUCCCGCCCCGGCUGGCCCUGUGCAGUGACCUUACUCAGGGGAUGUUUACCUGGUGCUCGGGAGGGGAGGGGCCGGGGAGGGGGCACGGCAGGCGUGUGGCGGCCACACGCACACAGCCGGGGCGGCCAGGGACCCAAAGCAGGACGACCACGCACCUCCCACGCCACUGCCUCCCCACCUAACGCAUUUGGAACCAAAGUCUAAACUGAGCUAGCAGCCCCCGCACCCGCCCUCUGUCCCCAUCCCGCUUAGCACUCUGGACAGACGGACACAGGCCCUGUCCAGGCCCCAGCGCUCUUGUCCCAGUCCCCACGGGCUGCCCCAGCCGACGAGACCGCUGGAAACCAAGUCAGGCCAGAUGGGCGGGCGACGGGGCCGGGUGCGGCCUGGGGUGAGCGGCUGCUCCGAGGAACUGGACUGUUUUUCAUACAUCGUUGCCGCAGCGGUGGGAAGGAAAGGCAGGUGUAAAUGAUAUAUUGGUUUACAGGGUAUAUUUUUGAUACCUUCAAUGAAUUAAUUCAGAUGUUUUAAGCAAGGAAGGACUUACCCAGUAUUAUUGCUGCUGUGCUUUCGAUCUCUGCUUACUGUUCAAGAGGCGUACGCAGGUCAACAGUCGGUGACCCCGUAGUCCGCAGGACCGAGGUGGGGCAGGGGCUGCCAGCUCUCGAGCCCCCCUGCGUCCUCCCUCCCUUCCUUCCUUGGGCAGAAUGAAUUUGAAGGGGAUUCUGUGACCGCCAUCUGCGCACGGCGGUGGCGUCCUGUCAUUUACACACGUUCUUCUCAUUAAAAAGCGAAUUAUACUCCACUUA